CUACUCAUCCCACAAGCAAAUCCCUCACCUAAAUGUUGGUGAGAUGAGGACCGGCUGUAUUCAUCACAAUAUGUCGAUCCUCUACAACUUUAUAAGCCAAGUCUCGUUCUAUCAAAAAGCAAAACCUCCCUCCCUUAAUUUCUCUCCGUAGUAUAUACGAUGGAGUCUCAACAGAAUGAUAAUGAGAAAGGGUCGUCGAAUAAAUGCAAUUUGGUCCUUAGAGUUUUGGCAAUUGCAGCCACAGUGACUGCAGCCGUAGUGAUGGGCAUCGAUGAGGAGACCAAGACCAUUAGGCAUCACCAUAGCCCGACUGCCUGCGGCCGUUGCAGAUCUCCAAAUUUGGAGAGUGGUUGGAUCGAGGUUCCACUCUCCAAAUUUGGAGAUUUUGGAGAUAUAGAGGCCAGUUGGAGAUGGUCUAAUAAGUCACUUUCAGAAGUCUCAUGUCCCUUCUUCCUCCACAGAUACUUCGUCGUCGCUAACGCCAUCGUAUCCUUCUACUCUUUAUUAUCGCUCAUAUUAUCAAUAUCAACCAAGAGCCAAAAGACCAGACUAGGCCUUCUGAUCUCCAUCGCCGACAUAGCGGCGCUCGCCCUCCUCUUCUCUGGCUUCGGAGAGAGGGGAAUAUCGAAUGUUGGGUGGAAAAAAGUGUGCAAUGUGUACACCAAGUUUUGUGCUAAAGUCACGGUCUCCGUUGCUGUAUCUUUUGUUGCUGGUGUUGCUUAUGUUGUGCUUUUGCUGCUUGCACUUGUUGGUCUACAUAAGAGAGGACAUAAAGGAUAGAGUGUGGUUGUGUGACUUUACUAUUGUGUGACAAUAAUUGAGCCAAAAGUUUCUUUUUUAUUGAAUGAAUGGGUUUGAAGAUGAUUAGCUUUUCAAAUGUUGGUGUAAUAUGAGUAUUGUUUUGUAUUAUGAAGAAGAUAAUGAGCUUUUGAGUA